AUGCAAAAGCAACUUUGUGACAGUCUUAAUAGGGUUAAUGCAAGGAUUGAGAAUGUUAAUGUAAAGGUAGAAGGAUAUUACAAUGAACACAAAGUUUGUAUAAACAAUGUUGAAUUGGCUUUGAUUACUAAGCAAACCAUUAAUGUAGCUUAUUCCUAUACAAAUGGUAAUAGAGUCCAGGCUGAUGACCUGGCCAAUGAUCAGGCUGAUGACCAGGCCAAUGAGGAGGUAGAGGUAGACUCCCCUGAUGUAGAGGACUGUGAAAUUCAAUUCAUUAAGUAUUACCUUUCUGAGAAGGCUGAAAAGGACAAAUGGUUCUGUUGGUACAACUUUUACUACAAGAUGUUUAAAGGUCCCAAAGCUGAAGAAAUUGGCAGCAAGCUGGUGCAGGUUCACAAGAUUAUAAUGGCCAGGUUCCAUCCUGUCAAAGCUAGCAAAACGUCUAACAAAGGCACUCCUGAGGAAAAGGUUUGGGAGGAGGCAGAGGCAAAUGUUUACCAUACAAGUGCACCUGUUGCCUGUGUAAUUACAAAGACAUACAAAGGACAGGUUAUCAGAUUUAGGAGUGAGGUCAUUCCUGUCAUAUGA